UUUAUUACAUUAUCAAUAUAAUACAUGUUUUUAUAAUGUACUUGAAUUAUAACUUUAAGCUCACUGAUAAAAAUGCUCAGUAUAAAAGAUAACUUGUAUAACCAGUGGAACAUAUUUCACAGACAAGGAACUUAUUUCACCAGGUAGGCAAGUCCAGAUAUUUAGCACCGCUACCUAUAGGGCUACUCAAUACAACAGCCAAUCAUUGUCCCUGUGUUCAUGAAGUCUUUUGACAGCACAAUAGACUCUUAAUAAAAUAAUUACAAAGUCAUUAUCUGUACAAAUUCUCAACUUAAGGAACAGCAUACAUAUUCAAGGGUCGGGGAGAGGUUCAAAGAAUAGAUAAUAUGUGGAGGGAGAAAAAAGAAUAAAAAAGUGGUGCGUUGAAGGGUUGGCUUGAGUAGCUCGUGGUUUGGUGCUGUCAAGAUCCUAAUGUCUACUUCUCCCAACAAAUUUUCCAGUUCUUUGGCUGACAGCGUCCAGAAAGGUUUUACUGACGGUUCGAAUUACGAUGCCUACAGACCAAAUUAUACAGACGAAGCGACAAAUGAAGUUAAACGGAUGCUGUAUUUUGAUUCUCAAUAUGAUUCAAGAAUGACAGUCUUAGAGCUUGGUGCUGGAACCGGAAAAUUUACACAGAAAAUAACCGCAAAGUUGAACGAUAAAGUUUCCUACAUUGCGACAGAGCCAAUGUCAGAUUUUCUCAAAAUUUUAAAGAAGAAUUGUCCUGUAGUAGAGACAAAGCAGUGUGCAACAGAGAACCUGCCUGUAAAUGAUGAAUCCAUAAAGUGUAUUGUUGCUGCACAGUCUUUCCACUGGUUUUCAACAAAGGCAUCCUUGGAUGAAAUGCAUCGUGUUCUUGCUGAAAAUGGAAAUGUUGUUUUACUGUGGAAUUUCAAUGACCGAAAUGUAGAUUGGAUCAAUCAACUUCUCAGUAGAAUUGACAGAAAUAGAACUGAUCCUUGUCGUUACCAUGGAAAGGAAUGGAAAGCAGCUAUUGAUGCUCACCCAGGAUUCAUGUUUGUGGAACAAAAAAUAACACAAGGACAGAUUUUCAAGGGCGAUGUGGAAUUUAUGCUUCGACACUGCUCAACGCAUAGUGGAUUACAAAAACUUGAGGAGAAAGAAAAAGAAAAGGAAUUAGAUGAAAUCCGUCAAAUUUUAACAACACAUCCUGAAACGAAAGGGAAAGACACCAUAGAAUUUCCGUUUUUUACAGAUAUAUAUUUAUAUAGAAAAGUUGUCAAGAAUUAACCAGAGACUUAAACCUUGGGCUGAUAUCGGAGUCUCGAGAUGAUACAAAAGCCGAUAGUGAAAAUUACAUGUUUUAAUCUAUAAAUAUAUUAUUUUUG